GGAGGACAUGCAGGCUCGCUACUCCGUGUCCAGCCCCAACUCGCUGGGAGUCGUGCCUUACCUGGGCGGGGAGCAGAGCUACUACCGCGCGGCGGCGGCGGCGGCGGCGGCCGGCGGGGGCUACAGCGCCAUGCCGGCGCCCAUGAGCAUGUACUCGCACCCCGCGGCCCACGAGCAGUACGCGGGGGGCAUGGCCCGCGCCUACGGGCCCUACACGCCGCCGCCUCAGCCCAAGGACAUGGUGAAGCCGCCCUACAGCUACAUCGCGCUGAUCACCAUGGCCAUCCAGAACGCGCCCGACAAGCGCAUCACGCUGAACGGCAUCUACCAGUUCAUCAUGGAGCGCUUCCCCUUCUACCGCGACAACAAGCAGGGCUGGCAGAACUCCAUCCGCCACAACCUCUCAGCGGAUAAUUAUAUAUACAUCGUAAACAGAUUGUGA